AUGACAAUCGAAGGAGAUCAAUUAAGUCCUUCCAUGUCUCACAUUAUCUCCGAUAAGGAUACUGAUUUAUCUCCUACCAGUCCCUCUUACGUCCACCCAGCAGAUAAUCCCACCUCCGCGAUUUUUACUCCCCUCCUGACAAGUGAAAACUAUUGCACCUGGGGAAGAGGGAUGACAAAAGCUUUGAGUGUUAAAGGAAAGACAUGCUACAUAGACAGAGCUAUCAAGAAACCAACAGAUCCUACUGAUCUUCAGCAUUGGACUCAAUCUGACGAUUUGGUAGGGAGUUGGAUCUCCAAUUCAGUAGAUCCAGGAAUCCAAUCAACAACAAUGAACUUUCCGUCUGCUCGUGAACAAUGGCUGGAGAUUAAAUCCCGAUUUUUCCAUAAUAAUGCAUCUAAGUUUUAUGCGAUCAAGCAAUCCAUUACAACUUUGAAGCAAGAAAACCUGAAUGUUGCGAUGUAUUAUACCCAUCUGAAAUCUCUUUAG